AUGGAUAACACAAAGGUUAAAACUAAUCUACGACCUAACGAAGUCUUCAAGACUCCGCAAGUGCUGUCUCUGAGAAGCAACGGCACCAUCUGGCAGCAAUCGCCAAGCCCAGAAGUCGACGCAGCAUGGCACACGCUGACGACAGGCUAUCCAUUCCUGAUAACAGAGAACGACAUGCGCAUCCUUGGCAAAGAUCCCGACCGAUAUAUCAGCGUCCCUCAAAGCUUUGGAUAUGGCGAGAAGAAGUUCAUCACCCGAUUCGCACACACGCAUAAUAUUCACUGCCUCGACCACAUCCGGAAACGGCUCUAUCGGGACUAUUACAAAUAUCCGAACGAUACAUUGGAUUGGAUCUACACGAAGCACUGUCUCCACGCUUUGAUAGACUACCUGACGUGCCACGUCGAAUACGAUGUCUUCAACUACAUUUGGGUCGGAGAGGAGCCAACGGCAGAUCCCGAGCUCACGUACAACCGUCAGUGUCGAGAUCUAGAAGCCAUGAUGCGCUGGACUGAGGACAAUCGUGUCGACAAAGACCUGCGAGUAUUUUACAUCCAGCCAGCGGAGGGAGACCACAUUUUCCCACCAGAUGCAGAAUUCCGCAAUCUCGAAAAAGAGUACGAUCAGAGUCAUCCAGACCGGCCGUCGAUGGAGGAGCGACAAAAGGCUUACCGUAAAGCCUAUCAAGAUGCGAUAGGCUAUUGGCAGGAAACAGGAGAAGUGCCUAUCGAGGAGAGAGAAUGGUAG